GGUUUGAUUAGCAAUACAAUGGCAGAACAACGUGACGCCACCACCUACGACAUUAUAAUCUUCGGAGCCUCUGGUUUCACAGGCAAGUAUGUUAUCCGGGAGGCACUUAAGUUCUUAAACGUUCCAUCCUCUCCAUUGAAGUCCCUUGCUUUGGUGGGUCGUAAUCCAUCUAAAGUAGCUCAAGCUCUUCAAUGGGCCUCCCAUCCUAACCCACCGCCGCCGCAAAUCCCUAUCCUCACCGCCGAUAUCUCGGCCGGCGACCCCUCUUCCCUUCGCCGGAUUGCCUCGCAGGCCAAGAUCGUUCUCAAUUGCGCGGGCCCUUUCCACCUGUACGGCGAGCCCGUCGUGGCGGCUUGUGUCGAUGCCGGCUGCGAUUACUUGGACAUUACCGGCGAAGUGGAGUUUGUGGAAAGAAUAGAAGCGUAUUACCAGGAGAAAGCCGCGGCGAAUAAUUCUUUGGUGGUUUGUGCUUGUGGGUACGAUGCGCUUGUUGCAGAAUUGGCCAUGAUUUUCAAUUCCCGACAGUGGGUUUCGCCGGCGGCUCCGAACCGUGUUGAGGAGUACCUGAGUUUGGAAUCUAACAAAAGGGUUGUGUUCAACCAAACAAGCUUCGAUUCCUUGGUUCACGAGGUGGCUAACGACGACAAUUUGCAGCAGCUCCGUCGUUCCAAACCUACAAGGCCACUCCCCGCGAUUCCUGGCCCUCUUCCCAAAGGACAAAUUUUGGAGUACAAAAAGGAGAUUGGGCUUUGGGCUGUGAGGUUUCCAUCGUCAUUGGAAGUCCCUGUUGUCCAGAAAACACUUUGGUUUUUGACUGAAAAUCCCAAGGGUGCACCAGGUGUUAAUGAAAGUGCUCAACAAAUUGAAAAGAAGCAAUCAUUCUGGUCUACCGUGAAACCAGCUCACUUUGCUACAAAUUGGACAUCAAAAUCUUUUCUGGGUGUAAUUCGUUACAUAAUAAUAGGGAUGUUGAUAUGGCUCCUAGGUAGAUUUUGUAUUGGAAGGUGGCUGCUCAUGAGGUUUCGUCCUGUGUUUAGCCUUGGAUUGUUCAGUAAUGGUGGUCCAACCGAAGAAGAGGUGGCUAGUGUUUCUUUCAAACGGUGGUGUAUUGGGCAUGGAUAUAGUGACGCCUCUCUUGCAUCAAAAGGCAACACAAAACCCGAUAUGAAAAUUAUUACAAGAGUAACGGGACCUGAAAUAGGUUAUUCAACAACUCCCAUUACUCUAAUUCAAUCGGCUCUUGUAUUGUUGAAUCAGCGUCAUGACUUGCCUAAAGGUGGUGUUUUCACUGGUGGAAUUAUAUUUGGUCACACAGAUCUUCAACAGCGACUCCAACAGAAUGGAAUAUCAUUUGAUGUCAUUUCGAAAGAAACUUUCUCAAAGAAAAUUUAAUUUAGUCCUGGCCUAUUACAAAUGUUUUUUUUUUUCUUUUACUUUGUUGUUCUUUUAAGUAAGGCGUAUUUGAUAUUCCUAGUUGAAUUUUGAAGUAGUAUAGAUGUCUAUGUUUUUAGCUUGGGAUUGCAAAUAAUAU